GCUUCUCUCUUCUGCCUAUAUAUACGAAGCGCUUCUCUCUAUCUCUCUUGAGAUCGCAAUUUCUCUCGAAGCAUCCAAAAAUCGCGAUAUCUGAGCCGAAGUAAUCAGUGCAAAUAUACAAGUAUUGGCGUGUGGAUUUUUUGCCCAGAGGAGUUAUAAAAUGGGUCUGGAAGGUCCUCUCGUAGCUGGUGUUUCAGUUGCUGCUGCUGCUCUUGGAGGCAGAUACCUAAUCCAAGCAUGGCAAGCAUUCAAAGCCCGCCCUGCUGUUCCUCGGAUGCGUAGAUUCUAUGAGGGCGGGUUCGAGCGGGCAAUGACAAGAAGAGAAGCCGCAUUGAUCCUUGGAGUCAGGGAGCAUGCUGUGAUGGAAAAGAUCAAAGAGGCCCACCGGAGAGUGAUGGUGGCAAACCAUCCUGACGCUGGCGGAAGCCACUAUCUUGCUUCAAAGAUCAACGAGGCGAAGGAUGUUUUGACAGGAAAAACCAAGGGUAGUGGGUCUGCUUUCUAGAUUAGAUGGGGUGCUUCUUGUAACUCUAUUCACUAUUAUACUUAUUUUGCUGAAAAGCAAGAAUUACCCCCAAAUUUUUGAGGGAGUCAUACAGAAAAUUUUGACCUGAUUCUUAAGAUUGUAGGAUAAACUUUCGUAGCUCCGUUGUAAUAAUAAUAAUUAAAAAAAAAAACAUUUAUUAGCUUCAGUCAACUGUAAGCUUUUAUGCAUUUGCCAAGGAUUUUGUAAUAUUUCAGUGAAUCAAUCCAAUCACUUCCAAUUUAUUUCUA